AUGAAGCAAAGUUGGAUGGGGAAGCAUCGCCAACUUUGCGCUGCUGACCCGCCAUCGAAGAUCGAGAAACAGCGCUGUGCCCUCGCGAUGUUCAACCACUCUUUGCGGAUCAUCCGCCUCAUCCCUUUAAGGAAGCAGCGGCCAUUCCGUUGCCACCGCAUGUUUGAUUUCGCCGGCUGCUCCGCACCAAUCGAUGGUGCAGAUAAUGUUGCGAACAUGCCCGUCCACGUAGCCCUCAAGCGCAAGACCAUCUAUCGAAUGGGCGAGAAACUCGAUCCGUCCAUCGCCACUCUCGAUGAGGUAGAUCACAGACUCUGCUCUAGCAGCGUCUUCUCCCGCGUCUUGCAGGGCAACCGUUUCCUCAAAAGCUCCAACAACACCCUCCGUAGCCUCAAUAAACUCAAGCCAUCCAAGGAUCGAUCGCAGGAUAGUCCAAACUUCAAGGUCUACCAAGAAAAGUACAACGACAUAAUCGACACCUUUUGUCUUCUCGACUACAAUGUGCUGCCGGUGGAAGGUGGCGAUCCAUUUGCGCAGUUCAAGCUGGUCAACCGUCUGGGCAAAGAGAAAUUUCCACGUACGCCGCUCCAAAUUCGCAUCCACUCCUUACGCCAUGACAUAUCCACGCUCUCUGAGCUGCUACGCAGGGAUCUCUGCACAAACUUGCGACCGGAAAAUGUGACCGCUCUCUCCUCGGAAUCCAUCAUGCAACGCUUCCGCGUCGUUCGCGCUGUACAGAAUCUUUAUGCCGAACACGCCAUCAUGCUGGCACCUAACGACGACGCCUUUCUUUGGCGCGAUUGCAAGAUCUGCGCUCGGUACGAUCCCGAAAUCAUUCGCUUCUGCCGCGACUUUUACCGUCUCCUCCUCAGGAUCUUCCACGGAGAAUGCAACAAGCCAAUCUUUUGUCGAUUCUUCACUCCCGCCGUCGAGAUGUCAGAUGUCGAGUCGUACGGAGACUUGUGA